AUGCAAGUGUUCGAAAGGAAAGAUUCAUGGGGGAACUCGAUGCCAACGAAUUCAAACAUUCAAGGAUCUCAAUCUUUCAGCGUGACAAAGGAUAUGAUGAUGUCUACACAACAGUUUCCCUCCAUGAAACAUUCGGGUUUGCAGCUGCAAGAUCAAGAUUCAUCCUCAACGCAAUCUACCGGAGAAUCAGGCGGUGGUGAAGUCGCAAGCUUUGGAGAACAUGAUCGUUAUGGAUGCACCAAUCUUUCAGGUUACAUCGAAAACCAGGGAAAGGCUAUUGAGAGUUAUACUAAGUCGAGUAUAACGUCGUCGAUGGUGUCUCAAGACUCUGUGUUUCGACCUCCUACUUCUGGUCUAACAUCCUGGUCUCUUCAAUGUCCUGAAACAUCACAUUUCAGUGGUUUCUUGGCUCCUGAAUAUGCGUCGCAACCAGCGGUGAUGCCGCCGCAUUUAGAGAUGAUGGGUUUGGUUUCUUCAAGAGUGCCAUUGCCUCAUAACAUUCAGGAGAAUGAACCAAUCUUCGUCAAUGCGAAACAGUACCAUGCGAUUCUUCGUCGCAGGAAGCAUCGUGCUAAGCUUGAAGCUCAGAACAAACUCAUCAAAAGCCGUAAACCGUACCUUCAUGAGUCUCGCCAUCUUCAUGCUUUAAAGAGAGCUAGAGGCUCUGGUGGGCGUUUCCUCAAUACAAAGAAGCUUCAAGAAUCAUCAAACUCACUCUCUUCUUCUCAUAUGGCAAAUGGGCAGGAUUUCUCCGGGAGCCCUCGCGGUGGUGGAAGCGGAAUCGGAAUCGGAAUCGGGUCAAGCUCGAUCCCACCGAGCUCCAAUUCAGACCGUAACAACAACAUGUUCCAAAACCCGCAGUUUCGAUUCUCAGGGUAUCCAUCAACACACCAUGUCUCAGCUCUCAUGUCAGGGACUUGA